AUGGGGAUUUUCAGAUUCCAGGUCUUGCUUACCGCCGUGUGGUGCCUUUCCUCGGUACUAGCAUUGGUCAUUGAUCAAGAUACAGUCGUGGACUUCCCUGUCAGUUUGGAAAUUGGAAGUCUCCAGGUGAACGAGGGUGUGAGUUACACCAUCAAGAACAACUUGCUUACUGUUCUUGCGGGUAACUUAGACAACAGGGGCUCCUGGUUUGUCACUUCCACCAACGGUUUGGCUGCUUCUGUCACUAUCGCCUCGGGUACCAUUCUUAACUCCGGUGAUCUUGUCUUUGACACUUUGCAGGCCAGUGUCAUCAGUAACUACAACUUGGACUCCAUUGGAACGUUUUCCAACACGGGAAACAUGUGGAUUGGUAUCAGCGCCUUCUCGUUGGUGCCUCCAAUUAUUCUUGGCUCUGCUUUGGACUGGACCAAUUCUGGUAGGAUCUACCUUAAGCAAGAGACCGGUGCUCAAUCGCCAAUCACCGUUUCCCAGGUGCUUGGAUUCAUCACAAACGACGGUGCUAUCUGCCUUGAGCGUGUCAACUGGGUCCAAACGACCUCCAUUGUUGGCGAUGGUUGUGUGAAUGUCAUGGAUGACGGUCACCUCCAGCUUGAGAUCACUCCUUGGUUUGUUUCUGACGAACAGACCAUCUACCUUUCGUCCCCCUCGUCCGCCUUGUCUGUUCUCGGCUUAGAGCCCAGUCUUUUGGGUGCAAAGACCUACAACGUGCUUGGAUUCGGUGGUGGUAACGAAAUCAGAGUCAACACCGGCUUCACAGACUACCUGUACAACGACGGCGUCUUGUCGCUUUCGUUCUUCCUUGGUAUCUUCAGCAUUGACUUCAAUAUUGGUGAGGGCUACUCUGCGUCUGGAUUCUCCACCAACGGUAUCGGCCGUGGCGGUACUAGUAUCUCAUAUAGUGAAGAGUACCCUGGUGAGGUUCCAGACCAGUGUUUGUGUGACGACUUCCUUCAACCACCUGAGGAUGACGUCUCCAUCUCGCUCGAACCACCUGAGCCUACCUCUGAGCCCGAGUCCUCCACUAACGAUGCCUCGGAGCCCAACACCACCGACCCUGAGCCUACCUCUGACCCAACUGACCCAACUGAUCCAGACUCCUCAGAUCCAGAGCCCACCUCUGAGCCAGAGACUUCAGAACCAGAGACCUCAGAGUCCGAGACUGCUCUGGACGCUGAUGACUCCUCAAGCACUGACGAGCCUUCAAGCACUGACGAUUCUUCAGGUUCUGAUGGACCUUCCGAAACAGACCCUGACUCUUCAACUGAAGACUCUUCCGAAACAGACGGCAGCUCUGAUUCAGUUUCUGUAACCGACUCCGACUCCACUGAUGCAACUGAUAAGCCCACCAAGACCGAUGACGGAAAAACCACAACCGUCACUGAGUGCACCGAGACCGACGGCAAGAUCGUCACCAAGACCGUCGUCAUCUGUGAUACCACCGAGUCAAACGGCCAUCCUACCACCAUCACCACCUUACCUCCUCGUACCACCACCUAUGUCACCCACCAGAAGACCAUCACCGAGGUGGUCUGUGAAAAGGUUGUGGAAGGCACCAUCACGAUUUACACCACCGUGACCAAGGAGGCCUUGGUGACCCAGAAGCCUGGUGACCAUCAGCCUGCUCCUUCAACUGUGGCAGGUGAGGCUGUCACUGAUACUACUCAGACGGUUCAAAAGACGGCUUACGUUUCGACCUAUGAGGGCGGAGCUCCUCUUGCCAGAUUCGGCUUGCAAUGGCUUCUUUCGCUUGUUCUUCUUGUUGUGUUGUGA